AAAGAAUCCUCCGGGUGUGCCCAGUAUAGGUUACGGAUUGCCAUAUUAAUCUACCGUUACCGACACGAAGCGAUUUCAGCUACCACACCGAGGUCUUGGUCGGUGGUAAUAAGCCGACGUUGAAGUUACAUACGACAAGAACAAAAUCGGUAGAUUAGGUCAUAAUCGUCUUUCCUUGGGGAUACGCAUGAAGAAUUCGUCGUUCCAAUCCACCGACUCUAACUUUGUCUGCUCUUGAUAACCCACCGAACGAGAGGCAUCCGCGCCGAUCAGCUACUCACCACCUAUAGUCACGUAAUUAGAUACUCCAUAAGCCCGCCAUGCAAGAAAUCGAGCUUCUAGCCCGUAUUCUCGGGCCACCAAAUAAGCUAUUUUCAUCACAAGCCUAUGAUCCAACAUGAAGGGAACAGCCGCUACAGACUUCUUCCACUUUGAAUAUGUCCGCGUCCUCGGCAUGACGCCGAUGCACGGUGCGGACGUAGCCGAGUGUCUAGAAGCUGAAUCCAAGAUCAAACAUAAUGAUCCAGAAAGCUGGUACCGGGCCUGGACAGCAGCCGCUGAGGGCGCUGAAGCUUUAGCGAAAGAAUCGCUUGUAAAGGGCGACAAGGAGGCGGCCAGAUGGGCGUUUCUACGAGCCAGUAAUUAUCGGAGGGCUAGCGAAUUCAUGUUGCACGCCACCCCCACGGACUCCCGUCUCCUUAAGAUUAUCUCCCAGUCGACCGAUAAUUUCAGGAAAGCAUGUGCACUUUUCGACAGCCCAGUAGAAUUCCUCGAAAUCCCGUAUGAAAAGUACCAGCUGCCGGCAUACCUGUAUCUACCGAAUAAUGCCCAGAAAAUUGAAGGGAAGCUCCCUGUAGUUCUCUGUACGGGGGGUUUCGAUUCCAUCCAAGAAGAAAUAUACUAUCUAGUCCCAGCCGGUGCUCGAACACGUGGUUAUGCUGCGCUUUCGUUUGACGGCCCAGGCCAGGGUCUGCCACUUCGCCGUGACAAGCUCCCCAUGCGACCGGACUGGGAAGUUGUUAUCUCAGCUGUACUAGACAGUCUAUUCGAACAAUCAGAAGCGCACCCAGAAUGGAACUUAGACCUCUCUAGAAUUGCUUUGACGGGUUCAUCCAUGGGAGGCCAUUUCGCGCUACGGGGUGCACUUGAUCCAAGGAUUAAGGCCUGUGUGUGCAGCGAUAGCUUCUAUGACUUCGGCAACAUAGUCCGUUCUAGGACGCCAUUUUUCUGGAAGUACCUGAGCGACAGCUUCGCCGACCGUAUACUAAACGUCGUCGGGAAGCUCAAGUUCCAGUCGCGGCUAGAAUUCGGACACGGGACUCUGACAUUCGGAGACCCUUCACCUUCCAAGGCGUUCCGUAAGUUCGGAGACUUCACACUUGAGCCAAACGGCGAUAAGCUACUCUCAAAGAUCACCUGCCCCACCCUUGUUACCGGAGCAAGAGACACAGUUUACCCACUGGAAACGUUGCGCAUCUACAAUGGCCUGACACAGCUAGCUGAAGGGCGCGAAAAAGAGCUGUGGGAGCCAGUGGGUUGGGGCAACGGAGGGUUCCAGGCCAAGGUGGCAGCGCUUUCGCACCUCCAAGCCAAGCUCUUCGCCUUUCUUGACCGAGUUUUUGAAAUCAAAAGGGAGGAACUCACUAGUAUCAAUGGGAUCAAGGCAACCAAUGGAGUCAAUGGGGCUAACGGGGUCAAAUAAUUUCUAGGGAGUUGAAGUUUGAGCAUUUCUUGUAUAUCUUAGUGUGUAUUGGAACGUCUUGAAUGUUGUGUUCCCUUUUCUGGGUAGUUGGAUAUCAUAUCGGUGCUAUUAGCGCUCGUCUCAGUAACUUUUAUUCACGAAUUUUUAUCACUUGUAUAAUAACUCCGAGCUAGGUUUGCGCUCUAGGAUAUGAUCCUACCACAGAACAGAAGUUAUCUAAAUCAGAAGGUCUGUCGGGCAAGACGAGCCAAGGGAUCCACCAAAGAGGGGUGUAUUCCAUACCCCUCCAAAAAAAUACGUAUUUGGCUGGUUGGUGUGUCCUGAACUUUUGAGACAAUUUCGACUUUCGUUCCCCUCAACCAUAAGAGGAAAUAAUGGUUCAAGUUGCGUGCUUAUCUAUCCAAGCAUAGAGGAGGCAGGGAGUAUACGAGGUCCUCACGGAUAGAGGAAU